CUUCUUUCCCGCGUACGAUGCCUAGCUCCGACUCACCCCACACGCCCUCCUCUUCCUCGCCAGCCAGCUUUCAUCUCGCAGACGGGCUAGGCUAUGCUCUCCAACAGAAUCACCGGUCGGUCAUCCGCCUGAACUUGCAGCAUUUCCUAUGGCGCCAAGUCUUCGGCUAUAGCAUCCACCCUCGAUCCCCACCACGCCAACGGUGCUUAGGAAGGUGGCCGAUGUAGCUUGUGGCAUUGCUGCACCAGCCUUGGAGGAGAUUUGUGUGGGCUCGUAUGCUGAUGGUCGCC